CCUCUCGUCCUUCGCUCCUCAUCCUUGAAAAUGGAGCUCCAUAAGGGUCAGUACCAUCCUGCGGGACCAGACGACCUACGCUCUCCGUGCCCGGUCCUUAACUCUCUUGCCAACCAUGGCUACAUCGCGCGCGACGGAAAAUCCAUCACCGCUGCAGAGUUGAAAUCGGCCAUUCGAUAUGUCGGACUAGGCCUAGACAUAGCCUCUGUUCUCGUAAGCCGCGUCUUCCAAAUUCACUCCGACGACCCAAAAGACGGACCACCAAGAAGCUCCCAAGUUGGGCUACGCGAUCCAGGUCAAGUGAAUCAAGACGGGAUCCCCGUGCUCAACCUCGAUCAAGUCGGUCGUCCUCAUGCGUUAGAACACGACGUCUCAAUCACCCGUCAAGACCGCGCAUUGGGCGACUGCAUCCACCUAGACCCUGACCUCUACAAACAAUUCCUUCGAACCGCAAAGGGAGGCAGGUUUCACACCACGCUCAUGGGAAGGUAUCGAAAGGCCCGAUAUGAUGAGCAGCAGAGGGACAAUCCACACCUGCAAUUCGGCAAGUUCGAACACUACGUUGCAUGUUCUGAAGUGGCAGCUCUGCGAAGUGUCUUUGGGAAGGGUGUCACGAAGGGCAUCCCGGAUGACUAUGUGCGUGCUGUCUUUGGCGAAGAGCGUCUGCCGUACGAUGAGGGUUGGAGUCCACGACGGUUCAAGGUGUAUUUCCCAGAGGCACUAGCGAUGUUGUUAGUCAUUUCGCACUAUGCUUGGCCGUGGUGAACGCUAGAUUGGGCUGCAGGGCGCUAUUGAGGUGCAGGUUUGCUUGGCGGGAUUUGCGAUGGGAUGGGACUUGCAUAGCCGAGUGGUUUUGCGAGAUGAUUCUUUUUUAUGUGCGAUGCUGAUCAAAGAUCAAAUGUUGGGUUUAUUAGGCUGACAGCGGGCGCGCUAUUGUCAUAUGUGCUUUUUGGGGUCGGUAAUCAUGAAAGACCAAAUUUUGACCCCAAUUGAAGAUUACCCUGAUCCAUUGAUUGUUUCUACUGAGUACAAUAUCAUAGACUGCAUCAUGUCCUAGCUUAGCGAUGUCUGGCAUCUCUCACAAUAGUCUUUGUAUCUCUGCCCACAGAAGGCUUGUUUCAAGUUCCCCUCAUUUGGCUGCACUUCUGUCUCGGUUCGCUGUUGGGGCCGCCCGUGUCGCUAAAUUUAGAAC